AUGACCUGGCAAAACAUCCUAGACGAGCUGAAAAAAGCUGCUCUGACAAUCAGCAAUCAAGGACCAGCAUCUGAGAGUAUCCUCGGAGUUAAGCACCUGACACUUCAGCAUUCCGUAGACCACUGGGAGGAGCUUCAUGCGCCCGUUCAUGCGAUCUUCGGUUGGGGGCAAGAAGGAGGUCUACUAUCUUCGAAAUCGAGUCAGGCAGACUUUCUCCUUAUACACGACUUUCUGAAUACCUUUGCCCACGUCGAGCAAGAUGUCGGGGAAGGAUCCUGUCUGUCUGCAAUGGUUCCUCGAAUGCAUACAGCGCUCGAGCUCUGUCAAAAGGCUCCCCAAUCACCUGCACACGGAAACCAGUCAGAGCCACUGCACCUGCGCACAAACCCAUCUCGUACCACUGGCACACCAUCACCUGCAAGGCCUGACACCCAGCGAAAGGAAUAUAUCGAGAUCUCAGAGGGCUCAGAUAAGGAAGACGAAGAAAGUACCGACGGGUCAGAGGGCCAUGACACUGAUGAUGAACGGACGCACCAGGCUCGAGUUCAGGCAGCUGUAGGCUCAAGAGUCACUAAACAGACAACCACAGAGCAACGGGUCCAGAGGCUAAACGAGGCAAAGAAUCUAGGGCUUAUAAUUGAGUUUGGGCCGACUUUUGUCAAGUGUCGAUGUGGAGUCAGUAUAAAGCUAGAUUCUGGAGACCGUCGGACUCUUCAGAAGCUCAAGAGCGGAAAAAAUCGCAACAAACUUCCCCAACAACGCCAAUAUGACCUUAGCAAAUACGACCGCCACCUUCAGCGAUGCCCCUGGGCAACUGGAUCCAGAUCGAAGUCCAAAACUAAAAAAGAGUACAUUCCCCAGAAGUCUCCGCAAAGCAUUCCUCCACUCACUGUAGCGCAGGCUGAUGGGGCCAACAUUGACACGAGUGUGGCAUGUCUGGGACGAGCUGAUGGUGCAUAUGCACUCCUUGCUAAGAAUGCAGUUGCCGGAGACGUGGGAGGGGUUGGCAGCAUCACCAGUCGCGUUGAGAUAGCGAAGGGUCUCUUUCCAUACAAGUAUGGAGUGUCAGCACAGGAAGGAACGACGACUGAUGACAUAUCUGCCUCACCGUCUCAAAGAAACACGCAUACCAGCAUCACGAAAUUUAGUCAGGAGGAGCUUGCAAUCCUUGGACAGGAACUGUUGAGCCGUCGGCGUUGGUUCAUAGAAAAUGGCUGUGAUGCUGGUUCACGUAUCAUACGUUCUGCGACUUGUACACGCCGCUUUGUCCCUGAUUCAGAUGGGAAAGUGAUGUGUGAGCAAUGCUGUGCACUGGACAAAGACAAGAGCCUACAGCGGCAGCUUCGACGUGCUUCAAAACGAGACAAAGCUGAUGCACAGCUUUCAGAGACAGAUCGGAAUAAGGUCGAAAAGCGGCGAGUCACAAACACGUCACUGAUACUUGUUCAAACUCGUUCCGCCCAGCUGAAGGAAUACUUGAAGGACCCACGGGUACAUCGAGCGUAUCAGUUGCUUGAGAAUGAUGAUUAUGGUCGAGUGUUCCUUGAGCUAUUCAAACACGCAAAUGUAAUUGAGGUCAACACGCGUGAAGAUAUAGAACGGAUAAUCAAGGAGGUCGUUGACGAGAACUCGUUGGCAUCUCAAGUUCGUGUCCUUAUAGGGAAGACACCAUUGCCUGGUUCGCGCCCCAUUCCACUGCUGGUCGCUACCAGUCAAGGCAAGGAAACUGCCGAAGACAAUGCUCGCACACUGCUCGACUGCCUCUCUCUAUGUCAGAGGGCAGGAUUGGCUGUUAUCUCUUGUGGAUCGGAUGGCGCUUCGAGUGAAGUUGGUGCCCAUGACAUCAUUCACAACUCAGCGUCGGAACAUUUGACAUUUUCAAUUGAAAAGUUCGGGUUUAUCUUCAGCAUUCCUAUUUUUCCAACUGGUCCCUUGGUGACUGUUCCUGACCCAAGUCACGUCCAAAAGGUGUUGCGGAACAACGAGCAAAGCGGAACACACCUUCUCAGUGUUGGCGAUCACUGCUUGACACAUCAAACACUCGUAGCGCUACGCAAGGAGCCCAACAGUGGCAUGGUAAAGAAGGAUGUUGAGAACACGGACAAGCAGGAUGACGGGGCGGCCAUUAGAUUGUUCCAUUCUAACGCAUUACGAGCAUGUUUGACGGGUGAUGGUCAGUCGAUACAGAAGCCCUAUCAUCUUGCAUUUGCGGUGCAUUUCAUCUGUGGUGAACUUUUCGAUGCAUACUUCAAGCGUGACCUUUCACAUGCUGAACGAGUACGUGCAGCAAUGCGAGCAAAAUUAUUCCUUCAACUCUGGCACAAUCAUAUUAUCGACAAAAGCAAACACCCAGUCUAUGGCCAUUUCUUUCCUCUACGUCGCAGCUUUAUCUCCUUCCAAAAUUUCAAGUCACUCGACUCAUGUUGCGAUGCGCUCAUAAAACUUGCACUUGUUUACCGCGAGUACUAUCCCACUGUCCCCUUCCUUCCCUGGCAGCAUGGUUCAUUGCCUUUAGAGAAAAUCUUCGGCAUUGCACGUGAAUUUCUCACCAACUUCAGCUACGUCGAAUUCCUUGGCAUCCUGCGUCAUAUCGAGCAACGACAAGAGGUUCUCCUUCGGUUGGCACAAUCAGGAGUCCACGAACGUAAGGAGAAAUCGUCUGGUUAUGUCUAUGACACUACGCUGGAGAGGCUAAGUCAUGAAGACCUCAAGAAGUUGACUAAUAUUCCAUCUCGAUUGCAAAUGGAAGACAUUGCGAACGUAGCUUGGGAGGAUGUAGUGGCUAUUUUCAACGAUGUGAGUAGGGUACCGAGUGCACUGUAG